UGCAUUUCAAAAUCAUCAGAAAUAGUUGUAUUUCAAGUUCAGACACCUCCCCAGUACACAGACUGUAUGAGCCUUUCCAUGUACUUUCAUGCUCUUCUCUUCUUCUCUAAAGCAACACUUGAUUCAAUUACGAUAUCCUUGAAGGACAAUGAAGUCAGUGCCACAGCACCUCUCUAAUUAGUCAUCUAAAACAGGCCAAGUGUAGCAGUUGGGUGGCCACUGAUGACUCGCUGUGGCGCCCCCUAACGGGAGCAGCUCAAAUAAGAAGUGAUGGUGACUCAGGUCAACUAGACGGUGGCUUCGGAUUACAAAUCUGACUCCCACCAACUGAUCAUGAUUCACUAAGAAAACUGGUUCCUGCAUCUGCCAUGUUUCAACAUUGCCAUUGAAAAACUAACUAUGCCUUGAGGAAAGGCAUGCCAUAGAGGCAGUUAUCUUACUAUUAUAGUGUAUACAUCAACUUCCACUUAUUGAGGAUCAAAGUCACUUUUUACAAUAACCUGUGCUCACAGAGUUCUCUCAAUAAAAAAAACAAAAAAAAAAACAGAAAAACCUCACAUCCACAGAGAGAAUAAAACUGUACCUUAUAGUCAGACUCUGUGCUAGGGUGAGUAGAUAUUCUCUGAUACUCGAUGUAGCAUCAAAAACACAAUCAAUUUAUCUGUAGAGAUCUUCUUACCAUCGACGAUAGCAAAAGGGCUCCUAAAGCCUGCUCUUUAGUUUUGUUCACUGGCUCGUUCCACCAGCGGCCACUGCUUGGCUCUUGCAUCCUUCUCAUACUGGGUUAGGUCUUCCGAUAUCUUUAUUUUUGUUUGCCUGAAAAUGUCGGAGUUUUUAACGUCUGUCCGGGGUUGAUCCCCGUGUGAUCGGGCGAGAAAUCGAACUAUGAUGCGGCGUUUGUUAAUUGCAGGUAGCAGCACAGCGUUUGAGGUGUGCUCGCGAUGUAGUGACUUUUUCAGUGGGCUAUUAUUGGGAGAUUCUUAAGAUGAUGUUGUUGAAUAAUCAACCCGUUUAAGAUUUCCCGCUGCCCUUUCAGCUUCUAUCUUUUCAUUCACAGUCGACAUAUCAGCAAAGGGAAUAUUUAUACACGAAGUUGGAACGCUAAUGUUCCCUUCGUCAAUAUGUGUCGGAAUUGGACAAAUGUUGGCCACAGUGCUUGUGCUGUGGGUGGGAAAGGCAGCAGGGGUGAUCAGCUUCCCAGACUUCGAUGAGAGCAUACCUCGCAAGACAUUUCCUCUACCUCUCCUUUAUGUGGGAAAUCAAAUCACUGGUCUGUUUGGAACCAAAAGGCUGAAUCUGCCGAUGUUUACUGUCCUGAGGAGGUUCUCCAUCUUAUUCACAAUGCUGGCUGAGGGAUUUCUUCUCAAAAAGAAGUUCUCCAGGCCAGUCCAGCUGACAGUAUUUACAAUGAUCCUCGGGGCAUUUAUAGCUGCAAGUGCUGACUUGUCCUUUGACCUGCAAGGCUACGUGUUUAUUCUCCUGAAUGACUUGCUGACUGCAGCCAACGGAGCCUACGUCAAACAAAAAUUAGAUGCAAAGGAGUUGGGAAAAUAUGGAUUAUUGUUUUAUAAUGCAUUAUUUAUGAUAAUUCCCACUCUGCUGUUGGCUCAUGUGACUGGAGAUAUGCAGAAGGCAGUGGAGUAUGACGGCUGGUCAGAUGUUUAUUUUCUCACCCAGUUCAUCCUCUCAUGUAUCAUGGGGUUUGUUCUGAUGUAUUCUACUGUGCUGUGUACACAAUACAACUCUGCAUUAACAACUACGAUUGUGGGCUGCAUCAAGAAUAUCCUGGUGACGUACAUUGGGAUGGUGAUCAGUGGAGACUACAUUUUCUCUUGGACUAAUUUCAUAGGUUUGAAUAUCAGUAUUGCAGGGAGCCUGGUGUACUCGUACAUAACUCUCACAGAAGAGCAGACCAGCAAAGCAUGUGACAGCAUCAAGCUGGACAUCAAAGGCAAAGUGGUUGUAUGACAGAGACACUGAAAUUUAUUAUUUGUAUGCUGAUGAAUGGAAAGAUAUUUUGAGUAUGACUUAUAGAGUAUUUUGGCAGCAAAGGUGGGGAACUGAUGGGAAUAGUGUUGAGGUGACUUCCUUUGUGUGGAAAUUGAGCCACACUGCCAUCAUGACAAAACCCUCCAGUCGGAUUAUGGGUUGAUUUUUAGAUGUUU